GCGCGCCGCGCGGCCCCUCGCCGCCACGGCCGCAGUCACUUCCUGCCCCUGUGCCCAUCCGGCUCCGGGGUCAGCGGCCGCCGCUCUGGCGGGACAGGGGCGAAUAAAGUGGAGUUCGGGGCGGGGGGAGGCCGCCCGUCCGCUCCCAGGAGCGAGCCGCUGCAUGUAGAAGGACCGCAGGUCGUGCCCACGGAAAAUGCCUCUGCGGGACAAGUGCUGUCAGACGGAGCACCACCACCACGGCUGCUGCGAGCCAGUGCAUAUAUUGGAACCUGGUGAUCCUCCAUUAUUACAGCAGCCUCUGCAAACAUCAAAAUCUGGUAUUCAGCAAAUCAUCGAGUGUUUUCGAUCAGGAACCAAACAACUUAAGCAUAUCUUGUUGAAAGAUGUGGACACCAUUUUUGAGUGUAAAUUGUGCCGGAGUCUCUUCAGGGGAUUACCAAAUUUAAUUACUCAUAAAAAGUUUUAUUGUCCUCCAAGUCUUCAGAUGGAUGACAACCUUCCAGAUAUAAAUGAUAAACAGAGUCAAGCCAUAAGUGACCUCCUGGAAGCAAUCUAUCCAAGAGUAGACAAGCAAGAAUAUAUAGUUAGAUUAGAACCUAUAGAAACAAACCAGAAUGCUGUAUUUCAGUAUGUUUCAAGGACUGAUAGCCCAGUUGAGAACACAGAAAGUAGUAGUGCUCCUGAUCAAGCUCCAGUACCAAUACAGGAACCCAGCACUGAACCACCCAAGGCUGUUUCAGCUCCGGCUCCCGUUGGGGAGACUGUGGAAUUACCUCCUGCUGAUCCUGUUACAAACAAGACUACCCCUGUUCCUGAAGAACAGCCCCCAGCAGUAACACCUGAAGUGGACUCUUUGGAUAAUUCUGAUUUCGGCCACCAGUUGAUUUGUUGUCUUUGUAGAAAAGAAUUUCAUUCUAGACGCAGUGUACGCCGGCAUAUUAGAAAAGUACACAAAAAAAAGAUGGAAGAGCUGAAGAAGUACAUAGAAACAAAAAAGAAACCAAAUCUGUGCUCUGCAAAAGGCCGAAAUAAGAACGUUCUUGUAGCGUUAGGUAGAAGUUGUCCUGUAUGUUAUAAAUCAUUUGCUACAAAAGCCAACGUAAGAAGGCAUUUUGAUGAAGUCCAUAGAGGAUUAAGAAGGGAUUCCAUUACUCCUGAUAUAGCUACAAAGCCUGGGCAACCUUUGUUCUUGGAUACAGUUUCUGCUAAAAAAUCUUUUAAGGCCCGAAAACAAAAGUCGUCUUCAAAGGCUGAAUACAAUUUAACUGCAUGCAAAUGCCUUCUGUGCAAGAGAAAAUAUAGUUCACAAAUAAUGCUGAAAAGGCACAUGCAAAUUGUUCACAAGAUAACUCUUUCUGGAAAGAACUCUAAAAGAGAGAAAGGGCCCAACAAUACUGCCAAUGGAACAGAAAUAAAACUAAAAGUUGAACCAGCAGAUUCUGUAGAACCUUCACCCCCUUCCAUCGCUCUUUCUCCACAGAAUGAAUUAAAGGGAACAAAUCAUUCAAAUGAGAAAAAGAACACACCGUCAGCACAGAAAAAUAAAGUUAAACAGGACUCUGAAAACCCUAAAUCAACCUCUAAGUCAACCACUAAAUCAACCUGUAAAUCAACUACUAAAUCAACUUCUAAGUCAACCAAUGCAUCUGCUGCAGGUGGCCAGCAAAAAACCAGGAAGCCAAAACUUUCAGCUGGCUUUGACUUCAAGCAGCUUUACUGUAAACUCUGUAAACGCCAAUUUACUUCGAAACAGAACUUGACAAAGCACAUUGAAUUACACACAGAUGGAAAUAACAUUUAUGUUAAAUACUACAGGUGUCCUCUCUGCUCUUAUGAAACACGUCGCAAACGUGAUGUGAUAAGGCAUAUAACUGUAGUUCAUAAAAAGUCACCACGCUACCUUGGGAAAAUAACUGCAAGUUUAGAAAUUAGAGCAAUAAAAAAGCCAAUUGAUCUGGUUCUAAAUAAGGUGACAAAAAGAGGCCCUCAGAGGGAUGAAACAAAACAGAUUGGUUCAAAACACGAUGUCACCUCUAAUUCGCCCAAUAAAAAGUAUGAAGGAGCUGAUGUUGGCAUUGAAGUAAAAGUAACAAAAAACUUUUCUCUUCACCGAUGCAAUAAGUGUGGGAAAGCAUUUGCCAGAAAAGCUUUUCUAGAACAUCAUAAGAAAACCCACAAGGCGAAUGUAUCUCAUUCACCUGAAGAAAACAAAACCAAAGGCAGAAGUACGAGAUCUAAAGCUGUUGUCUGGUGAGGAAAAUACAGUGUUUUGUCUUUUCUUUUUCCCCAAACAAAACAGAAGCACCGCCUUUUAUGUUCUGUUGUUGAUAUAUUGCCAAAAACAUAUUGUGCCGUAGAUUCUGUGGUUUAGCAGCUUAAAUACUGUGAUAUAUGUCUGAAUUGUUUCUUAAUUUUUAUUAUUAUUAUUAUUAUUAUUUUUGAGUGUUUAGGAAAAGAGUUAAUUUCUAAAUUUAUUGUGGUAGGAAACUGGAGUAGAAUAUAGAUUAAGUUGUACCAAGUUGACUCUUUAAAUUGCCUUAAGGCAUCUAUUGUAAUCAAGCUAACGUAAGGGCGUUUCUAAAAUAGCAUGUUUUCAAAUUAUCAGUGCCUUCGGUUCAUUUGAAUAACUUAACUUCUUAAUGAACAUCUCAGUCACCUCACUGAAGAAGCACUAAAGGUACCAUGGUAAAAGCUGUUGACAGAAAAUUUCUCUAUGGACAUAUUGAAAUUAUCAUUUUAUGAGUGUAUAUAUAUAUAAUGUGUAUCGUCUGUGUUCUGUCCACAGAAGGACUUAGAACAGUUUUUUUGAGUGUAAUUUGGAUGCUUAAUUUCUUUGGUUUAAAAUGAGUUUGAGUUAGGUUCCCAAGGACACUUCUAAAAAUUGUCAGAUUUAGGGUUUGAUCCUUUUAGUACUUAUUUAUAUAAGCACAAGUUUGGAGACUUCUGGUGAUUCAUUUUUUUUAAUGUUUGAACCUCAUAAUUUUUUUGUUUUAGCCUAAAUAUUUAUACAAGUUUGGCCAAGGAUUUUCUUAUUUUCUGCCUAUACAGAACACUGGGUUUUUUUUACACUUGGGGGAUUUGUAUUGUAUUUUCUUAGUUUUCUGUUGCCUUCGUAUUAAGGAUUAGAGAUGCUCUGAUUUUUAAGAGAACCUUUUAAAAAGGGAAAUUAUAUACAUAAGUGAUAAUUUUGUAUUACAGAAUGACUGAGUGAUGCCUGAAGGUGUGGGGAUUGUACAAAAAUGGAAUGGAGAGACAUUAGUGAUACAUAUAAGUGUUUUUAACGUCCUUAUUCAGAAAUAUCCUUGUAGCAUAUUUGGGGAAAAGAAAACCAAGUUAUAUGUGCCUUAUUCCAUCUUUUUACUCUGAAAUGCUGUAUCCCAGAACGCAAUUUGAUUUGAGUUUAGCUUUUGUAGUGAAUUGCUACCUAGCAAUGUUAAGAGAUAAUGUGAAACAUGCGUGACUUCCUAGCAAAUCUGGGCUAAAUGGGAUGGAACUUCAAAAAAUGAGCUGAGCUGGACCUUGAAUUAUGGUGAUUUUAAGAGGCCUUUUGUAUUUUGAUGGUAAAUUAAAAAUUUCAGCUUAUACAGUAAUUAUGUGUAAUUUAAAACAGGAUUAUACUGGUAAAUGCAAAGUAUUAAUUUAUUCCCAUUUCUUCUCAGAUAGGUUCAAGUGAUGUUCGGAAAAUUUGGAGUUCAUUUGCAUGAAAAAGACUUUAAUGUGGUGUUGGAACUGCUAAUAUCUUGAUAAUGGUACUAUAAGGAGGAAAUAUCUUCAUAAGCUGUUGUUUUCUUACUAAAUUACAUCCAUUCUGACUGCAUGUUGUUAGAUAGUGCCUCCUCCCAAAACACUGCUGUAGUUGAAAUGCACUUGUGCUUCUAAAUUAGCAGUAAACUAUGCUUAUCUCUAUGCAGCUGAGGUUUGACACGAACUUUCUGAACUUAAAAAACCAAUACAGAGGCAACUUGACAAACAACAGCUUUGGAAGAAGACUUUUGUUCCUCAUUUAGGAAAUCAUCUUCAGAGAGCUCAUCGUACUGUUUCCUCCCUGAUAGUGCUAAUUGAUGAACAGCUCUGACUUUUUUGUGAUAUCCUACUUUGGCAAUUGUUGUUAUAUACUGUUUUAAACUUAUUACAAAUGAAUGUAUAAGAGCAAACAUGUAGUGUAUAUUGGCUGAAUUGUACUAAUUUUUAGUAUUUGCCAUAACAUCAGUUUGUUCAUAUAGACUAAUCUCCCAGUUCUGGGACGUUCUGAAUUUCACUGUACUACAGUCGCUUCAAAGAUGUCCAUAUUUUUUCCAUGUGUGGUUCGUUGGACAACUUGAUAAACAUCUAGGAUGUUUACAAGAAUAUCCACAUUCCUCUAUUCUUUAAUUUUUUUUAAAAAAAUUAUACAACAAGCACUUUAAUGAUAGUUGCAGUUUAUUUUUUCAAUUUAUUUUUUGAAAGAUCAACACACUAAUGUUAAUAUGAAGGUAGUGAAUAUUCGUCGAUGUGUUAUAGACAGACAAUCUGUGCACAACCACUUAUAAUGUUAGUUUAUUUCAUUAAAUAUUAAUAAAAAGGGAGGAUAGUAUGAGAGAAACUCCAAGUAAUUUUUCUCUCGAUAUGAUAAAUGACCACUAUAGAUAGCACUUGAAUUUGUGUAAUUUGGAAAAUGUUUUAGAUCCUCUUUAUUUUAACCUUUUAACCAGGAUUUUAGGAAACCCGUUGCAUGCCUGCCAUUAUGGAACUCUUGGCAGGUUUGAGGCAGCGGUGGUUUUUUUCUUUUUUUUUCUUUUUUUUUUUUUUUUUUUAUGUUUUAGAAAACAUUUUGUUUUAGUGAUUUGUGUCAAAUUGCUACAAUUUGAAAGGUACUGUACAUCAGAAGAAAUACCGUGUUUUUUAUAUGGGUUUACUCCCUUACUUAGGGAGGUGCCUCGUGUUCAUAUAUACUUUUUGUAUAAAAUAUAUCUAAAAUUGUUGAUCACAAGAUCAGAAGUAAAAAUACUUUUAUGGAUAGAGAACUAUUUGGCCCUGUUAGUGCAUUGCACUGCAAGUACUGUGAAUGGGAACUGGACUGUAGCUGUUGCUCAAAAUGUUCUAUAUUGAAUGUACAUGCUUUUGUUUGGAUAAAUGUACUGUAUUUGGUUGAAAAUAAAGCAGACUGGAAAUCA